GCUUCCGCCCGCACCCGGCAUGGCGUCGCGGCGGCGCCGUGCGCAUGUGCGGAGCUCCAUGGCGAGACAAGGGGCCGAGCGCGCGCAGGGCGGCCCGCAGCGGAGAGGGCUGUGAGGGCUGCCAGCCUCCCUUGGCGCCUCCCUGCUGAUGCCCGUCGGAACGGAGCGAUGAAGGGGCAGCAGAAAGCAGCUGAGACGGAAGAGGGCACAGUGCAGAUCCAGGAAGGUGCAGUGGCCACGGGCGAGGACCCAACCAGUGUGGCCAUUGCCAGCAUCCAGUCUGCUGCCACCUUCCCGGACCCCAACAUCAAAUAUGUCUUCAGGACAGAGAAUGGUGGCACCCAGGUGAUGUACAGAGUGAUCCAAGUGGCCGACGGGCAGCUGGAUGGGCAGACAGAGGGCACCAGUGCCAUCAGCGGGUACCCAGCCACCCAGUCCAUGACACAGGCGGUGAUCCAGGGAGCCUUCAGCAGCGAGGAGGGGGUGGAGGCGGAGGCUGGCACCGAGGCGCACUACACCUACUUCCCCUCGGCCGAGGCCUCCGCAGCCACCACCGCCGCCGCCGUGGUCACCACGCAGAGCUCCGACACGCUGCUGGGGCAGCCCACGCCCACCGGUCAGUUCUUCGUCAUGAUGUCCCCGCAGGAGGUGCUGCAGGGUGGCACUCAGAGGUCCAUUGCCCCCCGGGCACAUCCCUACUCGCCGAAGUCGGAGGCCCCACGGGCAACCCGGGAUGAGAAGCGCCGGGCACAGCACAACGAAGUGGAGCGGCGGCGCCGGGACAAGAUCAACAACUGGAUCGUGCAGCUCUCCAAGAUCAUCCCUGACUGCUCCAUGGAGAACACCAAGUCUGGGCAGAGCAAAGGAGGGAUCCUGUCCAAGGCCUGCGACUACAUCCAGGAGCUGCGGCAGAGCAACCUGCGCCUGUCGGAGGAGCUGCAGGGCCUGGACCAGCUGCAGAUGGACAACGAAGUGCUCAGGCAGCAGGUGGAGGAGCUGAAGAACAAGAACCUGAUCCUGCGGGCACAGCUGCGCCAGCACGGGGUGGAGAUCGUCAUCAAGAACGAUGCCCACUGACGGGCACCACGGCGGGCACCGGGGGGGGUGAAGGGGGGUGGGAGGAGGAGGGCACGAGGAGAGGGCACUAAAUGUGCCCUUCACCCCCAGCACCCUAAACCGUGCCCCCCCCCCCCCCGGCGUGACACGAGGACCCUUUUUGGUUUCUGUGCCCAGCACCAACCGCUCAGGUUGGCACCUCCUGUCCUGCCCUCCCCUACACACACACACUCUGCCAGCCCCGUGCCAACGCUCCCUGCCCUGCUCUCGGCCAGGCGGGCACCGGCCCUGCUGUGUGACCCCUCCCCCCCCACCCAGCCCCUCCCUCAGUGUCCCCUCCCCCCCUCCCCCCAGCCUCUGCCCUCCCCCAACCUCCUUCCUCCCCCCACCCCCCCCAGGGGCCUUGCCCCUCUCUCUUGUAGGGGCAGAGCUGGGCACGGUGCCCUCCUGCCCACCUCCCCCCUCCCCCCCCCCCCCGCGGCUGGCACGGCCUCGGGCUGGGAAUUUUUUUUAAACCUCUUUGGAAUUGAAGGAAAAAAAAAAACAACAAAAAAAACCCAAAAAAAGCUCCAGAAAAAGAAAAAAAUAAACGAGAGAGGAGGUUUGGUUUUGCA